AUACUGAGUGACACCCCCCACCCCACCUGUAGAUACCCCUUCUCAUCCACCUCAAAACCCGACCCUCAACAACCUCGUCCAUAUACCCGACCUUCUGCGUCACCAACUCUCGAGGAGGUUGGAGGUCUAGAAAGACCUGCACUCCUAGGGCUAGCAAGAUGAAGUCAGGAGACUUGGUGAAUUCCAGUGCUCUGGACUUUGGAGAUGCACACACCCCACCCUGGGCUAUGGCCUACCACUAUGGAACAGGGCUUCACAUAGAAGUGAAGGGCGCCCCAGAUCUCCCCAGGGAGCCCACCCUGCCUCCCCAACCCUGGGUCGGCACUAAGCCACUGAACUUAGGAAGCCUACAUGGUAGUCCCCCCAGGAUCAUCAAUGCAGAAAAAUCCGAAUUCAAUGAGGAUCAAGCUGCCUGUGGGAAGCUGUGCAUCCGGAGAUAUGAGUUUGGGGCUGAAGAGGACCAAGAGUGGCUAACCCUGUGCACAGAGGAGUUCCUUACAGGUCAUUACUGGGCACUGUUUGAUGGGCAUGGCGGUCCUGCAGCGGCCAUCCUGGCUGCCAACACCUUGCACUCCUGCCUGCGCCGGCAGCUGGAAGCUGUGGUAGAAGGCAUAGUGACCACUCAGCCCCCCAUGCACCUCAGUGGCCACUGUGUCUGCCUCAGCGAUCCCCAGUUUGUGGAGGAAAAGGGCAUCAAGACAAAAGACUUGGUGAUUGGGGCCUUGGAAUGUGCCUUCCAGGAAUGUGAUGAGGUGAUCGGGCGGGAGCUGGAGGCCUCGUGCCAGGUGGGUGGCUGCACAGCUCUGGUGGCUGUGUUCUUGCAGGGAAAGCUGUACGUGGCCAAUGCUGGAGACAGCAGGGCUCUUUUGGUAAGGAGAGAUGAAAUAAGACCACUGAGCUCUGAGUUCACCCCAGAGACUGAGCGGCAGCGGAUCCAGCAGCUGGCCUUUGUCUACCCAGAGCUUCUGGCUGGUGAGUUCACCCGACUGGAGUUCCCUCGGCGAUUGAAGGGGGAUGACUUGGGUCAGAAGGUUUUGUUCAGGGAUCAUUACAUGAAUGGCUGGAGCUACAAAUGUGUGGAGAAAUCAGAUCUCAAAUACCCACUGAUUCACGGACAGGGUAGGCAGGCUCGGUUACUGGGAACACUGGCCGUCUCCCGGGGCCUAGGAGACCAUCAGCUCAGAGUCCUGGACACCAACAUCCAGCUCAAGCCAUUCUUGCUCUCUGUCCCAGAGGUGACUGUGCUGGAUAUGGAUCAGUUAGAGCUUCAGGAGGAUGAUGUGGUUGUCAUGGCAACAGAUGGGCUCUGGGAUGUCCUGUCCAACGAGCAGGUGGCAUGGCUGGUGCGGAGCUUCCUCCCCGGGAAUCGAGAUGACCCACACAGGUUCUUGGAGUUGGCCCAAAUGCUGAUACGAAGCACACAGGGGAAAGAGGAUGGUCCCACGGUGCAAGGGCAGGUGUCCUACGAUGAUGUCUCUGUGUUUGUGAUUCCCUUGCACAGCCAGGGCCAAGGGGGCAGUGGCCCUUGAGGAUUCACACAUUACAACUCAGGGCCACUCCAGGGCUGGUACAGUCUGGGCAUCUUAUCUCUCCUCUGUGGCCAAGAUCAGGCCCUGCUGCCCCAUCCCCAGCCACAGCUCAGUGUUCUUGUCUUCUCCCACUCACCCAAUUCAAGGGGAACAUCUGUACCAGGCAGCCAGAGCUGAAAGGGUGUUAAGAGCCCAGCCCCCCAGGUCCUGCCUUUUACCUCAACACCCCUCUGGCAGAGGUACUUUGCAACUUAGGAAACUCUUACAAGGCUUCUCAGACAGGAUCCUCAGUAACCCCAAAUAGGUGUCCCUAUUCUCAGAUAGGGACACCUGGGUUAAAGGUAUCGGCCAAAGAUGCCAGGAGGGAUGGGCAGCCUAUCUGGAUCCAGGGUUCUGAUCUAUGAAUGUCAGGGCAUCCAUUGAACACCCCCCCAACCCCCACCCCCACCCGUGCAGAGUUCCUUGUGAAAUGACUGUAUUCAUGACGGUUCCUGAGAUCAGCUCAGGCCCUGCCCUGCUGUUCUUCACCACUGGAGGGCACAGGCUCUGGAGCCAAAGCUAGGACACAGCAAAAAGGGGCAAGAUGUCCCCGAGUUGGCUAGGUGGGCAGGCGCCCAGGUUGUCCCAGGUUGGCUAGGUGCCUGGCCUCCUAGUUGAUUGCUUCAGCCCUGCCCUAGUUUCAUGCCCCAAUGCCUUUGCUUUGUUGCCCUGUACCACAUCUUUAUUAUUAAAUGUUUAUAUGCAGAAAAGCCCUUGUGGAUUGUGAAUU